GCGGAGAGGGGUGAAAGGGCACCGCUGAUUUGUGCUUAAGAGAUCACAGCCUGCCAGCAGAGCCAGAGGAGGACGUUCUGUACCAGGGUGACGGAGCUGCGUUACACUUCAUGCAGUCGACUAUGAAAGCGGUGCUCGUUGUGCACGGGGGGGCUUGGGCCAUUCCUGACUGCAUGUCGGAGUCGUCCGUGGGUGGAGUGAAGGCUGCCACUCUGGGCGGGUUCCAGGUCCUGAAAAGGGGCGGGACGGCCUUGGACGCGGUGGAAACGGCCGUCAGAGCCCUGGAAGACGACCCGGUGUUCGAUGCAGGACAUGGGUCGGUACUAAACGCUUGCGGAGAGGUGGAGCUGGACGCCAUCAUCAUGGAUGGCAGGACGCUGGCCACUGGAGCGGUCUCCUCCGUCAGGAACAUCGCCCAUCCUGUGACCCUCGCUCGCGCCGUGAUGGAACAGACGGACCACGUCAUGCUGACAGACAGAGGUGCCAACCUGUUCGCUGACAGCCUCGGCAUUGCCACGGUGACCAACGAGGUCCUGGUGACGGAGUACGAGAGGGAGGAGUGGAGGAAGCAACAGAAGUAUUCCGUCGGGGUGAAGAACCUCUUCAACUCCCAGUGCGACCAUGACACAGUUGGAGCAGUUGCUCUGGACAGCCAUGGUGACAUAGCCUGUGCCACUUCCACUGGAGGCAUCAGAAACAAAAUGGUGGGAAGAGUCGGGGACUCACCCAUAAUAGGGAAAAGUCUCUCUGAGGCAGUGGACUCUUCUCUGCAGUACAUGGCCGAACGAGUGAACGGCGGGGGCGGGGUCAUCGCGGUGAGCCGGGCGGGGGAUUGGACGGCCCAGUUCACCACAGAGCGCAUGGCCUGGGCGGCGAUGGAGGGGGACGUGCUGUCCUACGGCCUCAACCCAAAGGAAGUGUUCCAGGAGACACUGCCAGACUUCCAGAGAGUAGUGCCUCAGCACCAGAGCUAGUUCUGUCAGUUUCAGAGCUGUGUUUGCCCUGGGAGCGAGAAGGGUGAGGGACAUGAGAGUCUUAUAGUAUUGCUUGAUGAACAUCGCUACUUUACACAAACCUGAAGCAAGUCAGACAUUUUCAAGUUCAACAAAAUUUGAGAACACAUAAAAUGUCCAGUGUUCAUAUUGUCCUACUCGACCCGAGUAAGUGCCAAUUUAAUACUGGAUAUUAAACUGAGAAUCUUGCAUCUGAAUGUCAGGACUGUUUUGUGUGGCAAUGUCAUAACUUAUUUAAUUGAACUGU